CGUGUUUUCUUUUCUUCUCUCGCUGACAUUCAAAGGACCUUGGACUCUUCAGCGGCAGGUCAGAACUUGUGAGGAAGGAGAGUGAACGACUAGACGGUGCUUUUGUGUUCUCUGCUUGCUGUUCUUCGUCAAUUCGUCGUGAGAGUUCAAUCGGCUUUCGAACAUUCGAAGCAAGCAGACGACAAUUUAGGAAUUUGGAAAAAUGGCUCUCAACAAACUCAGCAUUGACGCGGUGCAAAUUGCCGGAAAGAGGGUGCUUAUGAGAGUUGACUUCAACGUGCCCUUGAAAGAUGGCAAAAUCACCAACAAUCAGCGCAUUGUCGCUGCCCUGGAGUCGGUGCGAUACGCCCUUGAGAAGGGUGCCAAGUCUGUGGUGCUCAUGUCCCACCUGGGACGUCCCGAUGGCCGCCGCAUCGAGAAGUUCACUCUUGCCCCAGUGGCCGAAGAGCUGAAGAAGCUGCUGAACAAGGAAGUCCAAUUUUUGAGUGACUGCGUUGGACCCGAGGUGCAAAAGGCUUGUGCCGCUCCUGCUGAUGGCUCCGUCAUUCUGUUGGAGAAUUUGCGCUUCCACGGUGAGGAGGAGGGCAAGUGGGUGGACGAGAACGGAGGCAAGCACAAGGCUGACCCUGAGGCGGUCAAGAAGUUCCGAGAGGAGCUGAGGCAGUUGGGCGACCUGUACGUCAACGACGCUUUCGGCACUGCCCACAGAGGCCAUUCCUCGAUGGUCGGAGAGGGCUUUGACCAGCGAGCCUCUGGUUUCCUGCUCAAGAAGGAACUCAACUAUUUUGCCAAGGCCCUUGACAACCCUGAGAAGCCAUUCCUUGCCAUUCUCGGAGGAGCCAAGGUUGCUGACAAGAUCCAGCUGAUUGAGAACCUUUUGGAUAAAGUCAAUGAAAUGAUCAUUGGAGGUGGCAUGGCCUACACUUUCCUCAAGGAGAUGAAGGGAAUGAAGAUUGGAAAGUCUCUCUAUGAUGAGGAAGGAGCUAAAAUUAUCCGGAAACUCGUCGAGAAGGCCGAGACAAACAAAGUCCAGCUGCACCUCCCCGUCGACUUCAUCACUGCUGACAAGUUUGCUGAAAAUGCCCAGACAGGCACUGCAACUCUUGAGGAUGGCAUUCCUGAUGACUGGCAGGGUCUGGACGUUGGACCCAAAACCAGGGAGCAGUUCAAGGAGCCCAUCGCCAGGGCAAAGGUCAUCGUUUGGAACGGACCUGUUGGAGUGUUCGAGUUCCCGAACUUUGCCGGCGGCACCAAGUCCCUGAUGGACGAGGUUGUCGCCGCCACUGCCAGAGGUGCCAUCACCAUCAUUGGUGGGGGAGACACUGCCACCUGCUGCGCCAAGUGGGGCACUGAGGACAAAGUUAGCCACGUCAGCACUGGAGGUGGCGCCAGCUUGGAGUUGCUGGAAGGAAAAGUUCUGCCUGGUGUUGCUGCUCUCUCUGAUGCCGCGUAGAUGGCUUUCGGAAUCAAUUAAAUUGAUUAAAAAGAGAAAUGGGAAAGCGAUAUUAUUGAGAAGCAAGAAAAGUCUUUGUUUGUAAAUGUUUUACAAACAUUUAUAAGGUUGCUUUUGUGAUUUUCAUUUUCAGCUGCACUUAAAAAGUUAAAAGUAAGCUAAUAAAUUUAGUGGAGAUAUCCUUGUAAUAUUAUAA